AUGGAUCUUGCCAUUCAAUAUCCCUGGUUCAGGCGUUCCCUGACAUCUUUCUAUCCAAGCCGCCUCUUUGAUCAGUUUUUCGGAGAAGGUCCUUUCGACUAUGACCUCUUUCCUAUCUUUUCUUCCACCAUCAGCCCCUACUAUAGGCUGCCAGUAUUCCGGAACUUUCUAGACUCGGGCAUAUCUGAGGUCCGGUCUGAGAGGGACAGAUUUAUGAUUAACCUGAAUGUCAAACACUUCUUACCUGAGGAGCUGAGUGUCAAAAUUGUUGAUGACUUUGUGGAGAUUCAUGGGAAGCACACAGAACGACAGGAGGACCAAGGCCGGGUUUCCCGUGAAUUUCGCCGCAUUUACCAUCUGCCCAGUAACUCAGACCAGGCGAAUGUUACCUGCUCACUGUCUAAUGAUGGUUUACUGACACUGUGCUGCCCAAAAAUCAGAACAGGAGAUGAUUCAAACCAGCAAGACCGACCCAUCCCAGUGACCCGUGAAGAGAAGCUUGGUAGCCAACCCGAGAUCAGAGCAGAUCCAUAA